GUAGCUCCAGUGACCAACUUCUUCUCCACUACGACAAAAAAAAACUGUAGACUGAGAGUAGCUACGAGACGAGCUUCAUCGGCGGCUGUCUUCAAACAGCCGUUUUCGAACUCCGGUUUGGAACUCCGGUUUCUCAUCAAUUAUAAUUAACUCAGGUUCGAAAACAAAAAAAUGAAACCGGAGAUUGAGGAGGAUACUCUCAAGGUUCAGAUGAUACCUGUCCACCGCAAAUCUUCGACGACCUACGUUUUCACCACUAAGUCCGAGUCAAAGCCCACGAAACCGAUUCUCCUGCUAGUCCUCGGCCUCUUCCUUUCCAUCGCCAUCACGCUGGCGUUUCUAUUUGUUCUCUACAUGAUUCUCUUAUCCGGAUGGAAUCUGAGAAGCUCGUUCCGUUACAGCGUAGUCUUCGACGCCGGGAGCUCCGGGUCACGAGCUCAUGUGUUCCGGUACUGGCUCGAAUCCGGUAAACCGGUUUUCGACUUCGGUGAGGAGAACUACGCUAGCUUGAAGCUGAGUCCUGGUUUGUCUUCGUACGCUGAUAACCCGCAAGGAGCGAGCGUCUCCGUGGCGGAGCUUGUGGAGUUCGCUAAAGGGAGAGUUCCUAAAGAGAUGUUGAAGAAGAGUGAGAUUAGGUUGAUGGCUACGGCUGGGAUGAGAUUGCUUGAUGUUAGUGUUCAGGAAGAGAUUCUUGAAGUUACGAGAGGUGUUCUUAGAUCUUCUGGGUUUAAGUUUCAAGACGAAUGGGCUUCGGUUAUCUCCGGAUUUGAUGAAGGGAUGUAUGCUUGGGUGGUUGCGAACUAUGCACUUGGUUCCCUUGGAGGAGACCCGUUACAUACAACGGGGAUUGUUGAACUCGGUGGGGCUUCUGCUCAGGUGACAUUUGUGUCAAGUGAGACUGCACCUCCUGGGUUCUCUCGUACGAUAUCCUAUGGAGGUGUUUCUUACAAAAUCUACAGUCACAGCUUCCUCCACUAUGGACAGGAUGAAGCACAGGAAGAGAUAUUGAAAUCACUCCAGAACUCUGCUGCAAACAAAGAUGGAAUAGUUACUGAUCCUUGUACUCCUAAAGGAUACGUUUACGACAACAACUCAGUUCUAGCUGCUGGUAAUUACUCAGCAUGCCGAUCGGUUACAUUGGCAAAGUUGCAAGACGGAAAGGAGAAUUGUGCUUUUGAGCAAUGUUCUAUUGGUUCAACAUUCACACCUGAUCUUCAAGGAAAGUUCUUAGCUACAGAAAAUUUCUACCACACCUCCAAGUUCUUUGGGUUGGACGAGAAGGAUUGGCUGUCUGAAAUGAUUAAAGCUGGAAAGAGUUUCUGUGGAGAAGAAUGGUCGAAGUUGAAAGAGAAAUACCCAACAACUAAAGAAAAAUAUUUGGAUGGAUAUUGCUUCUCAUCUGCAUAUAUCAUCUCAAUGCUUCACGACAGCCUUGGUUUUGCUCUUGAUGAUGAAAGAAUUGAGUUUGCAAAUAAAGCAGGAGAAAAAGGAAUUGCACUAGAUUGGGCACUGGGAGCGUUCAUACUAAACACUGACACAACCAUUUCUGCUUACAAUGGUAGAUCUAGAAAAAUGCUUGGCUGAAGUUACGUAUAUCCAAAUACAUAAUACUAUGUAUGAUAUUUUCAUUUGUUCCAAUAAAACAUGUAAGUUAUGUCAUGUAUUUUACGUUAAGCUGUUUGUUGUUGUUUCUUUUUGUGAAAUAAGUUUAGCUACUCCUUAUAAUUGUGUUUGGGAUUUUCAAAGCUUUUACGUUAAGAGCGUCUGUUUUCAUUCA